GCUAGCGGACUGGGUUGGGGAACACGGUGUGGUGGAAGGCGUCCUGCGCACGGAAGGCAGAAGGAUAUCGGUGACUUCAAAUAUCCCCAGCUAAUCCUUGAGCUAACCAUUAUCCCUCCAUGCUGUCCGAGAAAGGAAGAUAGCGUUAAUAACCCUGCACUGCCACCUCAAAUUAGCCACGGUGCAAGACAGAUAAGAUAAACUGCGUUUUGCGUGGAGAGUCUUCCUUUUUGGCAGAAUCAGUUUUCGGUUUUGAACAUUGAGAAAUUCUCUACAGCCUCGACUAGCGUUACUUCUUGUAAGUAUGAGACUACCGAGUAACAGACAAUGUGCGAUGGAAGGAGAUGGAAAGAAGAUGGACCAAGCUCCUCCGUUCAGAAACCCUUUUGUGCACGUCUUGAAAUUCACCCCCAUGGAAAAGGCAAAGAUUGCAUUAAUGACAGUCACGCUAUUCCCCAUCCGCCUACUCAUGGCUGCAUUCAUGAUGCUCCUGGCUUGGCCUUUUGCCUUCCUAGCCUCAGUAGGACGCUCCGAGACCGCCGUCGAACCCCAGUGCCUCUGGAGGAGACUGGUGGACAUAAUUCUGAAGAUCAUCAUGCGGGUCAUGUGGUUUGCGGGAGGUUUCCACUGGAUGACUGUGAAAGGGCAGAGGGCAUUGCCUGCAGAAGCACCCAUCCUCACCCUGGCACCCCACUCUUCUUACUUUGAUGCCAUCCCAGUCACCAUGACAAUGGCCUCAAUUGUCAUGAAGGCUGAGAGCAAGGAUAUACCUCUCUGGGGCACUUUGAUUAAGUACAUCAGGCCAGUGUUUGUAUCACGCUCAGACCAGGACUCCAGAAAGAAGACUGUGGAGGAAAUCAAACGCAGAGCCCACUCUGGAGGGGAGUGGCCUCAGAUAAUGAUUUUUCCAGAGGGAACAUGCACCAACAGAUCCUGCUUAAUCACCUUUAAGCCAGGGGCCUUUAUCCCAGCUGUACCAGUGCAGCCCGUGGUGAUUCGUUACCCUAAUAAACUGGACACAAUCACAUGGACGUGGCAAGGACCUGGAGCGUUUGAAAUCCUGUGGCUGACUCUCUGCCAGCUGCACAACGAAUUUGUGAUCGAGUUCCUUCCUAUCUACACACCCUCAGAGGAGGAAAAGAAGAACCCUGCUCUCUUUGCUAUCAAUGUGAGGCGUGUCAUGGCUAAGUAACCCUGGGGGGUACCGAUCACAGACUAUUCAUUCGAAGACUGCCAGCUGGCUAUGGCAGAAGGCCAGCUGAGACUGCCAGUCGACACCUGUCUGCUGGAGUUCGCCAAGCUCGUCAGGAGACUGGGGCUGAAACCGCGGAACACUGAGAAGGUUCUGCAGGAGUACGGGAACAGAGCCAGGAAGCUGGAGGGGCAGAAGCUGGGCUUGGAUGACUUUGCUCAGUUCCUCGACGUGCCAGUUUCAGACAUGCUGCGAGACAUGUUCGCUCUUUUUGAUGAGCAUGAAGAUAACUGCAUGGAUAUCAGAGAAUAUGUGAUAGCCUUAUCUGUCGUAUGCAGACCUGCCAAAACUCUGGAGACGAUGAAAUUGGCCUUCAAGAUGUUUGAGGCAGAGGAGGAUGGCGCCAUCACAGAGAUGGAGUUGGCAGUUAUACUGAAGACGGCUUUAGGGGUGACCCACCUCAGCGUGUCACGUCUGUUUACCGCCAUCGACUCCAAGGACACAGGGAAGAUCACAUUUGACAAGUUCAGAAGCUUUGCCGAUCAGCAUCCAGACUUUGCUGAGGAGUACCUGCACGCAGAAAACGCAGGCCUCCACAGCAGCCCCUGCCACGAUCACCAAAUAAAGCCCAACCUGUCUUCCCUGAACCCGCAAGGCACUGCCACCACCAAAACAGCUAACGGUAUCUGCCCCGACUUCAGCCCCAAUGACCACGAUGGCACAAUAGAUGGACUCCUCAAGAAACACAACUAAAACGAUUUCAGAUGUAGUGGGAGAAAACAAACUCCUCUCCUGGUGAGAGGAUGUUGUAUAAGGGGCAAAGGGUUGUUAGUUACUUGUUAGUAAGUUGUUUGAGCUGUAAGGGACUACACUUCAGUAACCACAACUACAUAAAAAAGAAGAAGUUUACCUUACCCUUUUUUAUUAGUAUUGUAUCCAUGAAAUCUUCUGAGGUUAUUUUCAGCCUGGUAACAGUUUAUUUUGUUAUAAAUUCCUUUUUUUAUUUUUUUUUUUUUCAUAACAAGGAUCGUCAAAAUGCCAAACACUGGUUGUUUCAGAUACAAUGCUUGAAUACUUGAAGGGCAAGCACUUACAAAAACUCCAGUGGCAAAUGUUUAUUUUUAUUUUUUUUCUUUUCCCUCUAACAUAGUACUGACUGUGCAUGUUUUUAACAAGAGGGAAGAAAGAAAAAAACAAAAAAACAAGCCCUGGACAGUGAAGUGAACUAAUUUCUAGUGAAAUCAGUGUUCGAGUCUCUUUUUAUUUGUAAAUUUUAACUCUUUCCUUUCUUUAAUGGUAGCUGCCUUUUGAACUGAAAGUGCAGAAUGCAUGGGCUCAUGUUAUUUUGAGCAGUAUUGAGGAUUAUUUAUCUAAAGACUGGAGACCCGGAGGUACCAGUGAUAAUUGUUUGACCACUUGAAGCGUUCAGCUUUAGUCGCCACAUUUGAGGUGAACUCAGGUCUCUGCGAGUUGUUGGUCGUAAUUGCUAUGAGCCUGUUACAUAUACAAUGAUAUAUUUGAUUUAGCUCAGGGUUCAGUAACAAAAAAAAUGAAAAAUUGUAUGAUGUCAUCAUUUCUGAUGCUCACUGGGUUACGUGCAUGUGUUUUUGUUUUUUCUUUGGACAUCAUCACUCUUCUGCCCAGUCAUUCCUCAUUCACAUAAACUUCACUGAUAUUUUUUUUUUUUCUUUCAGCUUGGCAGAUUUAAGUGUCUUUUAUUAUUAUUAUUAUUAUUAUUAUUAUUAUUAUUAUUAUUAUUACUAUUGAAGUGACACAACGUGGACCAAAAAUACAUUUGGGUGAUUUCAUGUCACCUGUCAUGUUUGUACUGUCCUUGUCCAGUCCAGUGGUGUAAUGGCCUUAAAGGAAAAAUUUACAGUGUGUGACCGUUGAAAGCACAUUCAGUUUGGUGGUUAAGUUGGUGCCUCCAUAGGCAAAGGUCACACAGUUUCCCUUUUUGCAUUACACUGCUAUACAGUUUUAAUCAUUCUCCACUUUUCACAGCAUAUUAUUCCUCAGUCUGUCUGAAAUCCCCACUCUUCCAGUAUGUUUUGAAGGAUGUAAUAACGGAACAUUAGCCUCUUACUCACCUGUAAAUUUGACUUUUCUUCUAUGUGCAUGUUCUUCUUCAUUAACAGAGGCAUGUUCUGAAAGACAUCCAAGCACCUUUGCCGUCCAAUCACAUUUUAGGGACCAGUCUGGAAAAAUAGCCACCUGUGCUAAUAUUUAUACCUCAUUUUUUGCAUCAAGUUUUUGCCAAUCAUGGUCGUACUGGCCCAAAAAUAUCUGGCACAAAUAAGAUUUAAUGGCUUCUCAGACGUCUCAGCAAACUCACAUUCAGCUUCUGGCCAUGAAAUGUAUUUAUAAUCAGUGGCUAGGCGGCCCUAUGCUUUCAAGUCGAAUUGAAAUGAAUAAAUAUUAAAGAUUACAAAUUUUAUCCCAAAUCAGGCAAAUAGUGUAGCUGCUCGUUAGUCUUUACUGGUCUUUAUAUUUUCAAUUUUAGGACGCAGGUACCUUGGUUCACACUGGGAAAAAUGCUCUGAUAAGUUCUCCUCUCACAUUUUCCAAAUUGUCCAUCACACAUUGUUCUUAUUUGUGUGAUUUGAAUUCAAGAAACUUAAUCUGAAAUUACAAUCAAGUGACACUUUUUUAACGUGUUGACGAAACCUGUACUGUUUACUUCUAUUAUGGAAAGUGAUGCUCAUUUCAAUCAUUUCCUAACAAUUUUUUUUCUUUCUGUCUCUAGAAGCAGACCAAAAAAAAAAACCUAAAACUCAAGAAAAAAAAACACACAUGAUGAAAGGUAGAUUAUGCUGCAACUUCUUUAAAAUGUACAUGCAUUGCUUUACAUCAUGUCAUUUUAUAGGGCAAUUAUUUGUUAAAGGGAAUACUCUCCUGAGCAGAACACAUUAGAAUCUGUAGCUCGUACUUGGGAUCUGUGCAGUCAUGGUUGGAUUCUCUUGGCUCUGUUCAUGGAUAUCACAAAAGGAUUUACAACUUAAGUUUUUUUUGUUUUUUUUAAUUAAUUUCUCUAAGUUCAUCAUGUCAGUGAGCGUCACAUUCCCAUCACAUUCAUGACCAUGCAUACUGUACAUGUAUCCCCAUUAUGGCUUUCAGUGAAGCAAUAUUUCACAUCUCUUAAGCCUUCUCAAGAUGUAUGCUUUUGAAGAGUUCUGAUAUGUAUUUUGAAUAUUCCAAAUGCAGGACAUUUUGUGAAUUUUUGAUAUACGUAUAUGAAUGAUUUUUAUUUUCACUGCCAUGACAGAGAUCUGUGACCUUCUCUCCUCUGCAGAUUGUAUUGAUGGUGAAAAUUGAGCCACAUUUUUUUGUUUCUCCUUUGUAUAAUACUGCAGUUGUUUUGUGCUGUAAUCCUCCUACACAGUGUAAAGUUUUAUUGUUGUUAUAUUAUUACUAUUAUCGCUGAGUUGACUGCUUAGAAACAAAAUGCAGAUUUCAUAUGGAAACCGAUAGCCUUGAAUCUAUAGAAUUUUUAUGCUAAAAAAAAAAAAAAACAAAAAAAAAAAGAGAAUGUAUAGACAAUCUUGUCACAAUCAGAAGCUACUCAAAGCACUGAUCUCCAGUGGACAUUUUCCUAAGAAGUCAUGGUUUUUCAAACGUUUUCACUUUUUAUCCUGUUCGAACCCUGUCUCCAUCGACUUUUUUUGUUACGUUUGAGGCGUGCAGGUUGAACUAAGCAAAGUGUGAGUGUGCAGGUGUGUCAGGCCUUGAGGUGAAGUCUGCCACCACAUGACGGGCCGCAUCGUACAAACACUCCAGACUGUACGCACAUAGAAACUUAACAUUCGAUAUGUUCAAUCACAGUCUUUUAGUAUUGCCCCCGUACUACGUUGUCCUUUUAAAUUGUAUGUAUUUGUGCUUGCACUUUAGAUUAUUGUCUUUAUUUUUGGAAGAAAUAUCACAUUGCUGUAAAGCAUGUUAAAUUUGUAGGUUACAAUAUUGUAGCUCAAUUCUUGAUAAUAUGAAUUUUUUUUUUUUUGCAUUCUUAUAUUUGCUACAGUAAUGGGAGCAUGGAGGAAAGUAGGGAUCACAAAUUAAUGGAAGCUCUCCCUCGCCCCACAAAUUUCUCUGUACUGUAAGAAAGAGUUCGGUUGGUUUAAACAUCUAAAACACU